GCGCGGACAAACCGCUCACGACGUCUCGGCCUUAUUGCGCGUCGCGACGAAGCUUUGAAGCUCGCAGCCCUGCAGCAGUGGGUUGCUUGCGCGCCUCGUGGUAUUCGAAUGCGACUUGCGUUCGAUCGUUGGCGCAUGCAGGCACGGGAGCGGAGAAUACUUCGGUUGACCCGCGGAGAUGUGGCUGAGGCUCGGACUGCUAUGCUAAACACCUUUCGUCGUACUGACGACGAUCCGCGCGAGUCUCCUUCCCACGCCGAGCAAAGAAGUGCGAGCACCAGUACUAGUGGAAGACUAAACGGCGCAAGCAGACGAGCUCAAACUCAAGAAACCGCGGGCCCAACAAUUUUGACCAGAACAUCGGGAGGAUUUUUGAACAUCGGUAACAAAAGCGUAAAUUUGAACGCCUCGUCUGGACCGCUUCUGUCUCAAGCGAGAGCAUCUCCUCCACUAUCAGCGACUGGAGACCGUUCUCGGAUCCUUCCAGGCGGGUCUCGCCUUUUAGGGACGUCAACGGGCCCAUUUGCGCCUUCGGCACGCUCUGGGUCGUCCGUUCCGGGACGUAGUUCUGUCCCCGAUUUCGACGCAUCCCCAACCACGGGACUUGCGGGCAGACUUCGUGCUGCACGUGACGGUGGGAUAUCAAGAUCUGGUGAGUUUUCUGCUGCGUCCUCUCUGAAUCUCUCAGGUUUGAGAGACUCACGUGACUCCGAUCUUUGGUCACCGCGGGCUCUGCGACGUUCGCGCAUCCUAGCAGAGCAGGAAAAUGGUGGGAAAUCAUCUUCCAGUGGGAGCAGUGUGCGACACAGCAAGGAAUCAGUACCUUUCCUUUCCAGUGCGGCAGGCGCCACAACAAGUGGCUCAGUGCUUCGCACUGCGUCAGCAAGCGGCCGGUUUCAGUUGCCUAAAUUCGACGGAUUUUCAUUACAAGUGAAGAAGAUUCAGGCACCUUCUCUGAGCCCUUUACCCUCCAUGCUUCCGGAGAAGGCAAAGAGUUAAUGCCAUCGCUCUGGAGUCGAGGCGCUACUCCUGAUAGGAAGUUCUAGAUCCUCAAGGUGGCGUCCCUCGUUUGUUCUUCAACGUCGCCGAGUAAUCGUACGUAUAGAUGAGUGAUUUGUGUUUGAGGCUUCGCUAUUUUGUUCGGCCACCUGUAUGCUACAGUAGAUAUUUAUUUGUCUUCGCAGAACUCGGCUGUACAUUAAAUGCUAACAACUCGGUGUCGCUUAUGGUAUUUCAUUUCUCUAAACAAAUUGAAACUCGUCCCUGUAGAAUUCCGCAAUUAGUCUCAUAUGCUUACUAUUUGUUUGCAAGAUAGAAUGAGUAUUUCUGUUCCCUCGAAUAUGCUUACUUUUCAAGACCUGUUGUCUUAUUCUCCUCCCAAACCUUCGCUUUCACAUUGCAUGGUGAUAGUUUGAUUCGCAGUAUGACGCUUUCGUAACAUCGUUUCCUUGGUGACUAGUAGUUGAGUACUACUGCUUCGUGAAAUAGAUGCGGUUUCGCGUGAAUUGAAUAAGCCUUGAGGCCAAGGAAGAUCUGUGUCGCUCGUUUCAGCCAGCGGCGCUUUUUUUUUCGUGGCAAUGUAUGACCGAGGUAGAG